AUGCCCAAAAACCCGUUGGCUAAUGUUGCCUUCCGUUCGUCAUUUCCUCUGUCUGUCUCUUCUUCCGAUCUAACGUUAAGAAAGAAAAGCAAACCAUUCGCUUUACUUCAAUCGGCCAAGAUGACACGUCUUCUAAUCUCCACCGCCUUCGUACACCUCUUCUCGCGACAGCAAGCAAAGAGGGGGUUUUCUUGGUCGCCGUUUCAUUUUGCAUUCAUGUUUUUGGCACGAGUUUUUGGAAGGAGACUCUUUGCAACUGCAACAUCAGAAGCUUCUGCUGCUGGGGCUGCAGCUGGUAGUAGAGUUAGGACUGCACAUAACCCUCUUGAGGAGUUCUUUGAGAUUGAUAGAAACCCAGAGGAGGACAAACCUGUUGUCUACGGGCGUAGCUGGAAGGCUUCAGAGCUACGUUUGAAGUCAUGGGAGGAUCUACAUAAGUUAUGGUAUGUCCUGCUCAAAGAAAAAAACAUGCUCAUGACUCAACGCCAGAUGCUUCAUGCUCAAAACUUGCGCUUUCCUAAUCCUGAACGCCUACCUAAGGUUAGGAAAUCAAUGUGCAGAAUCAAACAUGUGUUGACCGAGAGAGCAAUUGAAGAUCCAGAUCCUCGGAGGACUACUGAGAUGAAGCGAAUGAUUAAUGCUUUAUGAUCAUCUUGAUGCAAAUAAACUAAAUUUGAGAGGUGAAUAAAACGGCCAAACUGAAACAGAGCAAACUUGAUGUUCGUCGUGAACAGUGAUUACUUUAAACAAAUGGCACAAAUACGAGCUGAGAGAAGAGCAAAAGCAAAAGAAGAAAAAGAGGAGUUGGCAGCAGCUGAAGAUUUGAAACUGAAAGAGAGAUUAACAAAGUGAUUGCAGUGGUUUAGAACAGAACACCCCAAUCUUUGUAGCAAUCAUAAAUCAUAAUAAAUGAAAAACGAUCAUGGGCGUAGGUUAUUACAAGAUUAUGCAAGUGGAUAAGAAUGCUAAAAACGAUGAUUUGAAGAAAGGUCACAUGAAGCUUACGAUGAAGUGGCAUCCUGAUAAGAACCCUACUAAUAAGAAGGAAACAUAAGCUAAGUAUAAACACAUCUGUGAAGCAUAUGAUGUAUGUCUCUCUUCCUAUCUCCUUCUCUCUGUAUGACGUAUUUGUUGUUAAUUGCUUAAAUUCUUAUCAUGUGAAUUCUUAAUUGGGUGUUUGGUAGUUUUUCUAUAGACUGAAAUUCAUAAUCUUCAUUAGCAAUCAACUAAAAUACAGUAUAAGUUCAUAUGUUGAUCCAGACCUUUUGCAUUGAAUUUUAUUGUUGUUUUCAGAUUUUUAUUGUUGUUUUCCCAUAUUUUUUUUUUCAGAAGCUAUUGAUUAUUACAUAUACUUUUUUUUAUCUCAUCAAGAAAUUCUGCCCCAAAAUGGUAAAUUUGUUGAAAUUAUCUUUCAUUAUUUCAUUAACUUAGAUUUUUAGGUGAUCCUUAUCGAAUCCAAAUAUUGUGUGCGUCUGUUAUUGUUCAUGUGUGUAUGUAGGUUUGUGUUACUGUAUCUGUGUGUGACUUUGUGUUACAGUAACUAUUUAGAUAAAUUUCAUUAAAUAGAUAUUAUUAGUUAUAAAACAUGGACCAUUUUUGUAAAUUUCAGUUAAGAGGGACCAAUUUGGUAGUUGUUAUAAAACAGGGAAUGCAAUUUCAUUUUUUUUGUCCAUUUUAAAAGAAUGUAAGAUGCUAAAAUUAUCAGAGAACCA